UUUGGAGAGAUCAUUUUAGAGCAUGAUCCAAAGAAUGAGCCAGAUCCAAAGCUGGAGUGGACCCCACCAUAGAAAACAGUGGAGAGUAACGCCUACCGUUGAAACCUUCCUAACGUCCACCAUGAUAUUUUUUUGAAAUCCAGCCUACUUAUGUGUUAACGCAGACAUGAAAGAAGGAAAACACAAAUAUCAGCUUGAUCGAAAGCUUUUGUGGCCGUUAGAAGUUUUUAACGGUGGGCGUCACUCUCCGCACUGUUUUCUGUGGUGGGGUCCAUUAGAGGUUUGGAUCUAACUCGUUCUUUGGAUCAUGCUCUAAAAUGAUCUCUCAAAAUGGAUGGACGGUGUGGAUAUAAUACGUACAUCACGGUGGGGCCCACAGAAGUUGGUGACGUCGCCACUCGACCUGUCAGUAGCUAAUCCGCAGCUACCCCACCCUAUAUAUUUGAAAUCCCCAAUUUCAUUUCUCAGCUUUGAUCGAAUUCAACAGCUCUCUCUCAUUUCGUGAAACUCCAUCUCUGCUAGCUUUUCUCACUCGACCUCAAUUCAUCCCCACCGAAUCGUCUCUCUUCCUAAGAUCUUUACCUUCCGUUCGGAACAUCUCUCUCAAUCGAGGUAAGUAUCGUUAAAAUCGGUGAUCCGACGCUCCGAAUCGAGGAUAUGGAGAAAUCGGAGGCCGAAUUGCGGAUCUGUGUCGAGAAACUGCGGCAAAACGUUGAGGAGCGGGAUGAGAUGAUCGGGUUCAUGUCGAGGAAGGCAGAUGAUGAGGAGGAUGUGAAGGAAGCAAAGAUCCAUGGGCACGGAUCGAAGAGCAGGGCCACGUUUGGUAGGAAUGUGGAAGAAGGCGGCGAUUUAGGGGAGUGUUGCACGGAUUUUUCGAGGAUUGGGAGAAUUAGGGUUUCGCAGGGGUUGGAUCCGGUCCCUGAGGCUUGUUUCAUGGAGAGAAUUAUGGAAAGGAAUGCUGCUGAAGCGGACGGGAUGGUAUUUUUUUACGGGCAGAGGAAUGACUUUGGGAGGGAUUUCUUGCCAUCAGCUUCUGUUGCUUGGAUGGAACGGUCGAGUGAAUGGCAGCAGCUCUUAUGGAGCCGUGGGAUGGACCUGCACUUAUAUCAUGUGAAUUACUGAUGGCCGCUAUCCUAGAGCGACAUUGGACUGGAAUGGAUUGCGCCCCGGUUGCUUUUACAUCACACAUAGUGGACACGUGAUCAUGGCCAGUGAGGUUGGUGUUGUAGACAUCUGCCAGAAGAUGUGGCUAGGAAAAGAAGACAUCUGAUCGGUCUAGAAGGGGACCUUAUUGAAAUAGUUCAUGUGAAAGGCUAGAAAAGGAAGACAUUUGUAGUUUAUUUUGAAAACUUUAAAUAGAUCAUUAAUUGUUUUGUUGAUAUUGUGCUGAUUGUUGUCUUGAUGAAUGUUAAAUGGGUGAAAUAUGCACAUGUUCAAUCAUUUGUUGA